AUGGCAAACUCCCUGCUGGAAGCUCAGCUGGAAGGACAUCCUGGCUGGCUCCUGGUGUGCCACGAGGGCUGGAAUGGCUCCCUGGGCACCCUGCUCUGCCAGCAGCUCGGGUACCUCAGAAUGACCCAUCAGAAAGGAGUGAACCUGACGGAUGUCAGGGUGAACGAGGAGCAGCAGUUCCUUCAGGUCAGACCCCACCAGGAAGGGAGCCUGGAAGACUUGUGGGAGGUCAGGAGCAGCUGUGGAUCGGGGCGAGUCGUGGCUCUCAAGUGCUCAGAGUGUGGGCUGCCCCCCGGGGCCGUGCGGGUGGUCGGGGGGGCAGAUGUGCCCCCUGGGCGCUGGCCCUGGCAGGUCAGUGUGUGCCAGGGCUCCCAGCACCGCUGUGGGGGCUCGGUGCUGGCACGGGAGUGGAUCAUCACGGCGGCUCACUGCGUGCACAGCUCCAGGAGGCUCCAGGGCUCUGCCUGGCGGGUGUUUGCAGGGAUUGUCACCCACGGCUCCCUCAGGCAGGAGGCCGGGGUGCCAGUCCAGGAGGUUGUUCCCCACCCGCUCUACAACCACAACAGCCUCGACUACGACAUCGCCCUCAUGAAGCUGCGAGUGCCCCUGAAUUUCUCAGCUGCCAUCCGAGCCGUGUGCCUGCCACCCUCCCACCAGGACCUGCUCCAGGGCACACAGUGCUGGGUCUCUGGCUGGGGCUACACCACCCCUGACCAAGCGCAGGUGGCCGGGACGCUGAAGGAGGCCCUGGUGCCCCUGAUCGGGACCCGGAGGUGCAACAGCUCGUGCAUGUACCCGGGGGAGCUCACUGCCAGGAUGUUGUGUGCUGGGUACCCCCGCGGGCAGGUGGACGCGUGCCAGGGGGACAGUGGGGGCCCCCUCGUGUGCUGGGAUGGAUCCACGUGGCGCCUGGUGGGGAUCGUGAGCUGGGGCCAGGGCUGUGCUGAGCCCAACCACCCCGGGGUCUACACCAACGUGGCCCAGCUCCUGCCCUGGAUUCACCAGGUCACUCAGAUCUACUAG